AUGCGCCUCGGAUCGGCCGGCCUCACGGCCCUGCUCUGGAGCGCCAUCGCUACCCUCACAACAGCCAACCCCAUCGCCAACAAUGAUAGCAGGCCCAUGCCCGUCCUCCGUCCGCGGCAGGGGGGCACCGGCGUCACACCAACCCCGACCCCGACCCCAACCCCGACCCCGACAGGAGACUCGACGACGCCGACGACAGCGACCACGGCAUCCGAGGAGGAGGCCACCACCACCAUCACGAUAACCACGACUGUUGGCGGUGGGGGCGGGGACCGCACGACGACCGCGACCACCGUCGUCCUCCGCACCAUCACCACCACCAUCCUCGUCACGUCGACAAGCUUCCAGACCACCACCGUGACCAGCAGCGACGUCGCGACCGCCACGGUCACCAACUACGUCACCUCGACCGUCCUUGCCAAGCGAAGCCUCGAGGUCCUCCCCCUUGACGCCCCCGUCCCGCCGGCCCAGAUCACGCCAGCCGCCGAUGACUACCGCAGGCGCGCCUUCGUCGAGAAGCGUGCCCUUGUUACCGUCGUCGUCACCGUCACCGGCCCGGCCGCGGGAGUCUCUACCGUCCUCAACACCCGCACCAGCACCGUCGUCUUCACCACCACCUCCAACACCGUCUUUACCUCCGUCCUCACCUCGACCCAAUUCAACAACGCCCAGACGACCAUCACCGUCGAGUCUACCCUGACGGUCACCUCCACCUCCAUCGACACCGCCGCGCCCACCACCGUCGACACCGGUCCCACUACCGGCAUCAUUAGCACGCCCACGGAGUCCAGCGGCGCGCAGAGCACGAGCGGUUCCGAUGAUUCCGGCGGCCUGUCCACCGGCGCACAGGCAGGUAUCGGUGUGGCCGUCGGCAUCGUUGGCCUCGCUGCCCUCCUCGCCAUCGGCUGGUGGGCCUACAAGCGCCACAAGGCGAACCGCCCCAGCCGUUCCGACCUCGACGACAUGCGCGCCUACGACCCCAACGGGCCCUCGCCUCUGCACGAGCCGACGGGCAUGUCUGAGGCGGGCGCCGGAUUCCGCGGCGCCGGAGCGGGCGCCAUGAGACGGCAGCCGGUGCCGAAGCACCAACUUUCGCCGCCAUCGCAGAGCGUCAGCCCGCUCUCGAACCAGACGGUGUCGCCCGCCGGCGCGGGGUACAGCAGGCCCCCGACGGGCGGCGCGCAGGAGUUUGGCGGAACGAGGGUCAUGCCUGCCGAGAUGGGCGGCGACGAGGUCGUAGAGAUAGGCGACUCGGAGCCGAGGGCGCAGCAGCCGUUGCAACAUACGCCGGCGGCGGGGCGGCCAUAUAACUCGGGCCCGGUCCCAGACAUGUAUGAGAUGCCCACUGAGAGGUAUCGGUAA